AUGCGAUUUUCUAUGGAUUCGAUUCUGGCUGCAGCUGAGGCGAAGACAAGGAAAAGAUCGGCUGAAAAUGAUGAUGAUCGUGCACCAGAAUCGGCUAAGAAAUCCUGUUCGGAUAGGGCCCAUAUCUCCCCUGUGAGCCGUGGAGAAAGGGCCACUACCGAGGUGUCGGUGGCACAUUCGGACAGAAGAGAAUUUUCCUCAAGAUGUUCGGUCGAGAGUCCUGAACCAUCUACCAGCUCUAGCCCAGAAGAUCUUAGCUGCCGAGUGAGGAAGUGUAGCCCAGAAAGUUCUGAACACCCUUUAUCUGAGAGGAAUGAGGGCUGUUCCAAGGACGACGAACCAACAUCCACUUCCGAAGAUGUAGAAGAGAACCACCAUCGAGAGCUGGAACCAGUCAGUCCUUCCGGAAUGUCAUCACAUCGUUCGAAAUCUGGUGCUACAAAACCGGCCUAUUCCUAUAUUGCACUUAUCGCUAUGGCAAUUCUCAACGCUGAAGAUAAAAAGCUCACAUUGUCGCAAAUCUGCGAUUUCAUCAUGUCCAGGUUUCAAUACUACAGAGACAAAUUUCCCGCAUGGCAAAACUCAAUACGUCACAAUCUGAGCCUCAAUGAUUGUUUCGUGAAAAUCCCCCGUGAACCCGGAAACCCGGGCAAGGGCAACUACUGGUCCCUAGACCCCAAAGCUCAGGACAUGUUCGACAAUGGUUCAUUCCUCCGAAGACGAAAAAGGUUCAAACGACAACCCGAGCAGAACGACAUGGCACUCACGUAUCCACCAUUUCUUCCCCAAUUGGGACCAUUGCCUCCACGGCUACCCCUUCCAAUGCCCCCAAUCAUCUCCCCACUUCCCUCAACUGUGGCCCCGAUGCCUCCGGCCAUGGCUCAUCCCCCGAUGCCCCUUUUGCCAACAAUGAUUCCCGCACCCCGAAUGCCCUAUUUCUACCCGGGUUUGGCCCCGAAUAUCGAUCAUCAGAAGCUUUUGGCAGCGAUGGCAGCUCAGAUUCCACCUACCUCGUCGCCUUCGGAUUGUGUGGACACGCUGCACAAGGUUGAUUGA